AUGUCUUCAGCAUCUGUCCCUGGGUCCCGCAUUCCGUCCAAUGGCUCGCAACCACAACCACUGGGGGGGCGUACAACCGACCCUUCGCCCCCAGUGAUCGAGCUUUCGGACAGCAAUGACGAAGAAGCUGGUACACCGAGAGCUGGAGGGUCCGUCUUUGGGAAGAGGAAAGCGGUGGACGGGCAUGAGUCUAGCAAAAGGGCACGCACACUUGCGCCUGAAUCUAUCGGCCCUGGAAACGGUGUGGUGGGGGCUUAUGGAUCGGAUGUGAUGGAUUAUAUCGAGGUUUUAAAGGCUGAGGCCAGGGAAGCCAAGGAGCAUGCAGAGAUGGAAGCCAUUCGGGCUGAUAAGGCCGAGCAGGAACUCAGUAGCUGUCAGAAGCAGCUCAAGGCGUAUCAGGAUACCCCUCUUAUGGAUAUGCUCUCUUUUCUCGUCGUGUGCCCCAUAUGUGAUCUUCUUAUGUUGCAUGUGGCGCACAUGUCGUGUGGUCAUGACAUUUGUGUGCUUUGUGCACGACGGUAUUUCACUUGGUCAUUGAAGGAGCAGCUCAAGAACAGGCUGGAUUUCCGCCCUGGCUAUCGGUUGCCCAUGAUCCCGCAGGACAUGUUUGAUGCUCACCCGCAUCCUAUUGUUUUAAAGGUUUUCACUCAGGUGAAUUACUUGAAACGAUUGCAACCGGAGUACAAGUGCCCGUGCUGCCGCACACCUCUUUUGGAACCACCGACUAAGUCCCUCGCGCUCUCUGAGAUCGCCGAGAAGAUGCGUAAGCUUCGGAGUCCGGAAGAUGAACGCCUUGAAUUGGAGAAACUUGAGGUGAUUAAGGAUUCUGGGAUGGCGGUUAACUGUUGGGAUGAAUGGUUCGGGAAGAUCGAUGAAUAA